CUAACGUAGUGUGAAUGAAAACUCUGACCAGCAGAGCAGUAGAUCACAUGGCAAACAAAGCCUGUUCUCUGAGGAGCGGGCAGCGUGAGCGCCACACUCUUCCCUUCCGCGAGGCGGGGCCACUGUGGCCCCCGCGUCCACCUGCCCCCUUAGAACUGAGAUGGCUACAUGAACAGCCCCUGAUGGCCUGGGUCCCCGUCCCGUUCCCUGGCCUGGGCUGCCCUUUCCCGAGGCUGACCAACCACAAGAGGUUCCCGGUGGGAGGAGCUGUGCAGUGAGUGAGGGAGACCACGGGGCCCCAGGAGCACAGACGGAACCGCUGAACUAGUUGAAAGUCUAGUCGAGGUGCUUUACGCAUCAGCUGCCUUAGACGGCUUCUAGAAAGGAGCGAGCGCUAAUUCUGAAGUACUUAAGUGACAUUUAGAAUAAUUUAUAGUCCAACUGAAAUUAUCACUUUUAGCCAAUGCAUUGGUGCAUAGAAUUUUCUAGGGCUACUUCUGGAAGCCAAAAUAGAAUAGCAUUUUCACGUGCAUUAAAUACUUUGCCAGCACUGCCUUUUGCCAGCAUCCUAAACCUGGAGUGUUACAGAGCAGGAAAUUGUCUCUGUGGUUUUAAUCAGAGCUAUGCGUUUCCUACAGCUUUUUCACUUAGCACAAAACAAAGAAACAUGUCCUUGUGACCGAACUGCUUGCUUACUGUUCCCUGCAAAUAAUUGUAUGAUUCCACCCAGUGUGCAGUUUGUGAAAGUGAACUGCCAUUACUUUGUCUGAAAAGGAGUUCAAGAAUACGAACAAGCAGUGUUUUCCUGUACAUGUCACCUUCUCUACAUUCUCAUGAAUCAAAACGACCAUACUGGGUUGAUUCCUGGGUAAAACACAUUUCAAACUAACCUGAUAGUUUCACAGAAACACCAGAAAAUGGUGAGCACCCCAGGCGACUGGGCGCGCAAUGGAGCAGGACGUAGACUGUCAGGACAGAGCCAAAGAAGCCACUGGGAGCCGCACAUGCUGGGUUCAGUUACCGCCCCUCUGAAUACGGGUGUGGAGACAGCUGCCACCAUGGCCAGACCCCAGCUUCAGUGCACAUUAAGGCCUUGGAAAGGAGCAAGUGAUAAUGGAAAAUUAACGCUAGUCCUUUGACUUGACUUGUUUGUAUUUGCCCUUAAAUUAUGCAUCCGAUGUCUGUGAGCUCAGCCCACCAAUUCUUUUCUAAAUCCCGCCCGGGGAGUGUGCAGGCCAAUGCCUGCAGUGACCAGAGGGGCAGGGCCUCACUGACCCAAACAGCUAGUACAGAAGAAUAUAGAGCGUUAAGUUCCUUUGAGACAAAACUCAUUCUGUCAGGAAUAAGCCAUAGUGCAGAGUGUUGAGGCAGAGGUGGAGACAGGUGCAGGAGGACUCUGGCGCAUCCUGAGGCCGGGCAUGGAGGAGGUGGGUGGCCAGGGGCCUCCAGGGGGCCUUCCGACUGGGAAGGUCAUCAGCUGCACAGUCGGGUAGAACCAGGUCUCCAGGCUGCCUCCACCUGUACCUACCCCAACCUUUCUCAUCCCCGUGCUUGAAAGGGGCCCUGGAGAGCCCCGGGGCCACAACUAGCUUUUCAGACUUGGAAAUACUGUGCCACAGGCCCCAGACCUGCCCAUCCGCAUUCAGGACAGGGGCAGUGAUGCCGAGCGCACCUCAGCCUCACCAGAGUGCGUGGGGAACUGCUCCUUUCUCUGUUCUCUCUGCUACAGAUAAAACACGGCUUCAGGAGAACAAGCAGCCAGAGACUCUUAGCAUUCAUUCCCAGUGCCCUGUCACUGGCCACUGUGUGGGGUUCAGUGGAACUGGCCUCCGUUCCUCAGUGGUGGCCCUGGGUCCCUGGUGAGGAUGCCCAGUGGGGUCACACUGGGGUCACAGGACACGGCACAGGUGGAAGGCUUGACCUGAGCAGAAACCCAGAUGGAGAUAGUUGGGGAAGUCCUAUCAUUCUUCUGCUGCUUCCCCAUAGGUUUAUCUGGUUCUAAAGUCCAGACAGAAUUUCACGAGAAAUCAAACAGAAAAGGAUGCUAGGAAAUUGUGGUUAGAACAGCCAAGCUUCGUUAUAGAGUAGUACUUGGGACUGUUUGUACACAUGUGCACACACACAUGGACACUCCUCCCAGGGGAUGCGGUCACACUCCGCUCUGGGAGGAGUUCAGGAGGCCUUGUUCCUGUGGGGCCCAGUGUAGUUGGCAACCUCUGCCGCCCACAGUGCCACCCAGCCAGUGGACUCGUGAUCUGUUCCGUAUUCACGCAGGGGCACCCAGCGUGCUGUAUCUGGCCCUGCUGUGGGAGGGUCCACAGCACCCAGGCACCUGCCACUCCUCCUUCCCUCACCACUGUGCACAUCACCUGUGAUGACGGGAUGAUGGAAGCAGCUCCAGCAGGCUUUGACUUAAACUGUGCCUUAUGAUCAUGGAGGACCUCGGGAAGGGGCAGGAAGGGAGGUGCUAAGAUGGUGAUCCUUGCCUCCCAGCCAUGCCCACCACCCUGCAAAAAACAUGACAAAUGUUGACCCACGUCUCAGAGGAGGGGUGGGGAGAAAACUAUGCAGUGGCUGCCAUCUCAGCAGGAGAAAGAGGAUAACCCUCCCUGCUGGCAGAAUUGGCAGUGGCCGCCGUUCUCUGCCCCACUUGAAGAAUGAUGCCUGGGUGAACCCCAAACAGGAGCCACUGCAGGUAACUCAGAGACAGUCCACAAGGGAGUGGCUCGCUUUAGCCAUGCAGACGUCACAAACUCGGCUGUUACAGAGAUAGCAGAAUUCGGGUGUAACUUGGGCCCUGAGAUGGUCAGAGAGCAGAGUCAGGAUGGAUGUCCGUGGGGCAGGGUCAGCAAACAAAGCGAACCGCCUCAGCAGUUUCUACCAGAACCACAUACAGAGGGAGAAGCCUAGUUAGCUUCAUGGGCAAGUUGCUUCAAGCGCCAGCCCCCUCCCUGUGGGCACAUCUGUGAGGUAGCCUUCAAGGCUGUGCUCUCAUGGGGUCCCUGAGGGGUGAAGGCUGGACAGUGAGUGAAGAUUGAAUCCUUCAGUAAGUGAGUGAGUGAGAGCAGAAGACGUUCAGAUUGAUUUGUGCUGUGGAGAAGACAACAGGGUUGUGGCCGGGAGGACAGGCUGCUGUGGCUGGCAGUAUCCGGGGGAAGGGGGGGAGCCAAAAAGGUGACGUUUGUUCUGCAUCGGACCACUGAAAGAUGUCUCUUCCAGGCCACUCUACCCCACAAUUGUGCACUUGGAAUCUCUGCUAAAUUCCAAAGGCCGCACUGUUCCCAGCUUGCAGUAUAUGUUUUGGAGUCUGUUAGGGAAUUUUUAAAAGAAAACCAAACUUAGCUACCAGCAGUAGCCAUAAAACUAAGAACAUUCUAACCCAUGAAGUUCUCAUUAUGAGCUGUUACCUUCCAGUUGAACCUACACAAGAGAAAAGUGAUUAUAAAUGGAGGACUUUUCUAGGUGUUUUCUUCUAGUUUUACAACCUGUUAGAUACUUUAUAUUAGAUAUAUAAAAGAAUCUUUUAUCUUGUGUAUGACUGGCUUUAGUGGAGCUAAAGACUACCUGAGGGCCAUUUUCCCAAAUAGGUUCCCCAUUUCCAGGCACCCGAAGCAGUAGCCCCCCAGCACUGACCGUGUGUGCCAGGGCCCCGCUCCUUGGCGCCGGAGCGGCCCUCAGAUGCGCCUCCCCACCCUCUGACCCACAGUCCAUGCAGCACUCAGGCCAUUUGCUUAACUUCAGUUGAGCCAAACACUACCACCUAAAAGGAAAAAGUGACGUUACGAUUUUAACCUUUUUCUUAAAAAUUUCAGGCUAAAUGCCUGUAUAAAUUACAGCAUUUCUCAGGAACCAGCCAAGAUCUCUCAGAAAAGACAACCUUUAGGAUCCCGUUGUCCCAUGUACUUCUACACUCCCGUUAAGCCCUGGGAAUCCCUGACAAGUACAGAAGCUUCAGUGGCAGCAGGUAUCCACCGACUGUGCUGUUGAGACAGGAGAAAGCUUGUUCACUUAAGAAAUAUUUCUGUGCAGCUGCUCUUUCAGACAAAAUCUUGCACCAUUCUUUUGAGGCCUUGGCUUUACACAAAGGCCCAUGAGUUCCAUGCUGUCUUGACCCCUUGCUUUUCCAGCAGACUUAACUUCGGUCCUUCCUGCUUGUAGCCACCUUAGAAGCCAGUGUAGCAGAAACGAAGGGGCAAGAUCGCCCCUUCUCCACCAAGGGCCUCAGAGUGGGGGAGAAUGUCUCCUCCACCCACCCACUCAGGCAUGUGAAACAAGCCCAAAGCUGACUGGCCCAACACCCCCCAGCCUGUGUGGCCUCCAGGGCCCGCACUGCACCCAGAAUCUCCCUCCUGGGCUACGUUGCCUCCUACACACUCAGCCCUCACCACAGUCCUCACGGAAGGCCUUUGGGUUAGCAUCAGCCCUCUGUCACACCAAGUGCUAAACAGCUAAGGAGCAGGAGUGGGACUUUGCUCAUGAGGGCUCAGGGUGAGGCUGUGGCGUCAUCUCUGGGCCUUUCUCGGCUUGGAAGACCCAGAUUGAGACAGCCAAAACUCAGAAGAAACCCAUUCCUCCCUGGACAGAGGCCCUCACGCAAAUUGGAGGUCACCUGGCCUUUCUGUUCCAUGUUAGCUUGUUUCUCUCCAUGUCUAUCCCAGUAUAACAAGGAAAUGUCACCAGAUCAUGUUUGAGUUUUGAAACCCAUUGAUUUGUCGCUUCAAACUUACUGUUUUGUCACUUGUCUUGUGUCACCUUCAACAUGCUGGGCACUGUCUAAUUAAACAAAUGGCCUGGUGGUUCUGCUUGUUCACAACUGGGUCACAGAUUUCUGUUAUGCUACGAGUCUGUGGGAACCCAGAUUCUUUUCUGCUAGCAGAUUUCUCUGAGUACAUUGCAGUUCUGUUCUUCCCAGUAGAGUCAUGGUGGCUUCAACCGUUCAGUGUCCCCAAAAGGGGAACCACCAGCCGAGCCGCAGCUCAGAGGGGACCAUGGUUCACGACUGUGGUUCCUCGAGGUGGCUGUCUGCCCAUCCCCUCCCUGACUGUUAGCCAAAAUAGAAAGGCCACGAGCCCAAAUCUCCAGCCAGUUCACCUUUUCAUUUGGCAGUGUUGUACUCUGAUCAUGUGCUGUUAGGUUUUAUGUCCAGAAAAUAUAGUUCUGCUUCUCUUUGCAUGAAGGAGUCAUCAUGGUGCCAUAGGCUUUAAGCAUUUAAACAAGAGAAAUAAGGGGAAAAUGCAAACACCACAUCUGACCUGCCUAAUGUAGACUUUAUUAGAUUGAAGUACCUAACCUAAUAUGAUGUAUUAUUUUGUAGCAUCUCAGACUUUGUAAAUAAAUACCAUUAUUUUUAUAUGGAAAUUUUAUAGAAGAGCUAUUUCUGUAUACUUAAUUAUUCCUGGGUUUUCUGAAAUUGCUUCCAAUAGGUAAUGGACAAGUCCUAAUCUGUGCUUCUGUAAGGAUGGUUCAAGGACCACCCACACAUGGGGGUGAACUGAUGGGAAGGGUUUUAAAAUUUUGCCUUCCUAAGGCCCACCCCAGAUGCUCACUGAAAAGCUCUGGGGGAGGGGAGGGGAGGGGCAGAGCCUGGGAAGCUGUAAUUUUAAUAAACUCUUGAGUGGUUUUGGUAUCCAUUAAAGUGUAUCUUUGUCCAUCCUAAAAGAGUCAAAGAAGGAAAGAAUAAGCUUUUGAAAUGAGUUUAAGUUGUGCUUGAGGAAAAAAAUGUAUCAGACUGUUCUAUGAUUUGAAUGAGAUGUACUAUAGAGAAAAUAAAUAAUUUAAAAUAAUGGCAGUCUCAUGGUUUUGGGGAAGGGGUGGUUGGUGGGUCUUGUGGUGCAUGCCCAGCCCUCGCUGAGUCCCUCCCCCAGACUUGCCUUCAUACGGGAGCUGCCUCACCCAGGGUUACACCGCACGCAGCCAGUGAGGGAGUACAGAAGUCCAGCCGCCUUGGCCCAGCUGGGGUAUCCGAAGGGCCACCCGCACUUCAGAAUGCCUCGUGGAAUUGGUUGGUUCCUCCGGCAACUGCGUCAUGGCUCAGCUCCCCUCUGCCCCACCCUGCCCACCUCACUACUCAACAGGUCUGUGUCCCCAGAGCAUUCCAAUGCACGUCCACCACCUGUCCCACCUAGGAUGGAUGUGUCAGACAUAGGUUUUCUGUGUUGGAGACCUACGAUGUUACAUCUUUAUACAUGUGUGCAUGCUCGGUCGCUUCAUUCUUCUCCAACUCUGCGACCCCAUGGACUGUAGCCCAGGCUACUUCGUCCAUGGGAUUCUCCAGGCAAAAAUACUGGAGCCUUCCUCUAGGGAAAUCUUGCCAACCCAGGAAUUGAACUUGCGUCUCUCACGUCUCAUCCAUUGACGGGCAGGUUCUUUACCACUAGCGCCACCAGGGAAGCCCUUCCAUUUUUAUAAGGUCACUUUAAAAGAUAACUGGGACUUCCCUGGUGGUCUAGUGGUUAAGACUUUACACUUCCAAAGCAGGGGGCACUGAUUCCAUUCCUGGUAAGGGACUAAGAUUACAUGUACCACGUGGCCAAAAAAAAAGAUAACUGCAUAAAUAAUGUCUUUACAGUCCCAGAAAUGACUGACCUGAAUAUAAUUUUUUAGCCAAAAUGCUUCCUGAUCUUCCCUUUAACCAAACCACUGCAUCAGAGACAAGAUCUACAGUGAUGAGAACAGAGUGCUGCCAGGCCCCAGGAAUCACCAUGGCUCCCAGCACCUCCUGCUCAAGCAAACUCUGCCUGUCUUGGGAGAGGCAGGGGCCCUUGAUAACGCUGUGUUAAUGUGUACAAUCAGGUGGGUGUGUGGUGGGCAUGUGGACAGUCAGAAUGAAGGGUUUGGAGCAAUUUGGGGAUCACAGGUUGGGGCCACAUUUCAGGGCCACUAGGAAAUGGUUAAGGAAGCACUCACUCGAUGUUACUGUCCAGCAUGACUUCCCUGGCUGUCCAAUGGUUAGGACUCCGCGCUUCCACUGCAGUGGGCAUGCUUUCAAUCCCUGGUCAAAGAACUAAAACCCCACAAGCCACACAGCAUGACCAAAAAGAAUGUUAAUGUCCAGGAGGAAAGGCAUCUUCCCUGCAGACGCUCCUUGAGUUCAGCGGAUCAAGUCAGUGAUAGUGUGGACUGUCCACUGUUGGAAGCGGGGAACCAGUGCCCACCCCUCAUCUCAGGGACUUCCUGGGCUGGUGAGCCCAAACUGGUAGCAGGUCCUCUCCGCUCAGUUCCUAGGGCCAUUUGGCAGGCAUGCCCAAGGACCCACAUGAGUUACGCCGCGUCACUGACUUGAUUGCGAAGUGCUCUUGCUCCUGUGGUCAUGGUGGGGAUGGUGGAGGACUGCUGGGAGUGUCGCUGGCAGCCAUCUACACGGCCGAUGGCCCCGGUGCUGACCAGGGAGGGUGUCUGCAGAGCCCAAGGCAUUGCUGACUUCCAUACACAGCUCCUUGCUCUGGGCUCCGCGGAGGUUUCAGGAACAAGGCAUCAGAAGACAGCCUCAGAGCCAAGGGUCUUCUCUGGCAGCAGAACUCAUCUGACAGUCAACCUGCCUUUUUUGGUUCCUAUUUCCAGAAGCUAUUUUUUUCCCCCAUUCCAUCUGAUGAACUGCGCCUGCAGUUCACACUCCUUCCAUUUCUGUAUGUGAUUUCUUUGAGCACUGGCUCCUCUUCAGUUCAGUCGCUCAGUUGUGACACCAUGGGCUGCAGCAUGCCGGACUUCCCUGUUUGUCCAUCACCAACUUCUGGAGCUCCACUUACACUGCCUGAAGGCACCUCCAACCUCCCCCACUUUCUCGCCUGGGAAGAGGGCUCAGUGUGUUCUUACUGUGGACAAUUGCCAAAUGCCUGGGAGCUCCUUGCCAGCUCUGCCUUCUUCCUGAGAGGCCUUUCCAGUUUCUUGCCGAAACCUGCUUUCAGGAAAUCUCAGAGUAAAGUGCUCUGUGGUGAAGGCAGGCCUGUGUCAGGGUGGGCGAAGCCAAGCCCAUUGAAUGCAAAGAACAACUUGUCAUAACCACUCACUUUCAUGCAAAUUACUUUCGCCACUGGGGCACAGCAGCCAUCACCAACCCCUUUCUUCUCAUUUGCACGUCUCCUGCGUCGCUCAAGGGCCUCGAGUACUGUGAUGUCUACUGUACUGUAGUCAGGAGAUUUGUUUUCUUGCCCUAGCACUUGGCCAUGGCCCCCAAAAGCCAGAAUUCAAUGAGAAGUCCUGAGAAGUGUGCCAACUCUUUGAGACCCCGUGGACUGCAGCCUGCCAGUCUCCUCUGUCCAAGGGAUUUUCCAGGCAAGAAUACUGGAGUGGGUUGCCAAAUCCUUCUCCAGGGGAUCUUUCUAACCCAGGGACCAAACCCAAGUCUCCUGCAUGGCAGGCGGAUUCUUUACCAUCUGAACCACCAGGUAAGCCCCAGUCAUGAGAAGAGGAUGUACUAAAGCUGAAAAUGAUGGUCCUAAAGGGCAUGAUCUCCACAGGAAUUCUUUCCAGACUCUGCUAAUAAAUAAACAGAUUUGUGUUUGAACCUCCAAUGAACAAAGACAUGUACUGGAUCUUUAAUCUGAAUACAAGGUUUUUUACUUUAAAGAGAGCUGUACCUCUUUCCCUGCCACCACGGAGUGGGGAGGCGGAGGCGGAGGCUCAGGUGCAUUCAAGCUUCGGCUUCACCCGUAACCCACUGCCAUGGCCGAGGAAGGCAUUGCUGCUGGAGGUGGAGUGGAUGUUAAUACUGCCCUGCAAGAGGUGCUGAAGACUGCCCUCAUCCACGAUGGCCUAGCACGUGGAAUUCAUGAAGCUGCCGAAGGCUUAGACAAGCGUCAAGCCCAUCUCUGUGCCCUUGCAUCCAACUGUGAUGAGCCUGUGUAUGUCAAGUUGGUGGAGGCCCUUGGUGCUGAGCACCAAGUCAACCUGAUUAAGGUCGAUGACAACAAGAAACUAGGGGAAUGGGUAGGCCUCUAUAAAAUGGACAGAGAGGGAAAACCCUGUAAAGCGGUUGGUUGCAGUUGUGUGGAGGUUAAGGACUAUGGCAAAGAGUCUCAGGCCAAGGAUGGCAUCGAGGAGUACUUCAAAUGCAAGAAAUGAUGAAAUAAAAAACUGAGUUCUUG